AUGGCAGAAGCUAAGACUCACUGGCUUGGAGCAGCCCUGUCUCUCAUCUCUUUAAUUUUCCUCCUCUCUGAGGCUGAAGCAGCUUCAUUUCAGAGAAACAAGCUGCUUCAGAAGGAACCAGAUAUCAGAUUGGAAAAUGUCCAAAGGUUUCCCAGUCCUGAAAUGAUCAGGGCUUUGGAGUACAUAGAAAAGCUCCGACAACAAGCUCACAAAGAAGAAAGCAGCCUAGACUACAAUCCCUACCAAGGUGUCUCUGUUCCCCUUCAGCAAAAAGAAAAUGGUGACUUGCCAGAAAGUGCAAGGCAUUCCCUGAGUGAAGAUGAGUGGAUGAAGAUAAUACUUGAAGCUUUGAGACAGGCUGAAAAUGAGCCCCAGUCAGCACCAAAAGAAAACAAGCCCUUUACCUUGAAUUCAGAAAAGAACUUUCCAGUGGACAUGCCUGACGAUUAUGAGACUCAACAGUGGCCGGAGAGAAAGCUCAAGCACAUGAGAUUCCCUCCUACAUAUGAAGAGAAUUCCAGGGACAACCCCUUUAAACGCACAAAUGAAAUAGUAGAGGAACAAUACACUCCUCAAAGCCUUGCUACGUUGGAAUCUGUCUUCCAAGAGCUGGGGAAACUGACGGGACCAAACAACCAGAAGCGUGAGAGGGUUGACGAGGAGCAAAAACUUUACACAGAUGAUGAAGAUGAUAUCUACAAGGCUAAUAACAUUGCCUAUGAAGAUGUGGUUGGGGGAGAAGAUUGGAACCCAGUAGAGGAAAAAAUAGAGAGUCAAACCCAGGAAGAGGUAAGAGACAACAAAGAGAAUAUAGAAAAAAAUGAACAAAUCAAUGAUGAAAUGAAGCGUUCAGGGCAGCUGGGCCUCCAGGAUGAAGAUUUCCAGAAAGAGAGUAAAGACCAACUCUCAGAUGAUGUCUCCAAAGUAAUUGCCUAUCUGAAAAGGUUAGUGAAUGUUGCGGGAAGUGGGAGGUCACAGAAUGGGGAAAACGGGGAAAGAGCAACCAGGCUUUUUGAGAAACCACUUGAUUCUCAAUCUAUUUAUCAGCUGAUUGAAAUCUCAAGGAAUUUACAAAUACCCCCUGAAGACUUAAUUGACAUGCUCAAAAUUGGAGAGAAGCCAAAUGUAUCAGUGGAACCAGAGCAGGAGCUUGAAAUUCCCCUUGACGCUGAAGACAUCUCAGAGGUUGACUUAGACCAUCCAGAUCUGUUCCAAAAUAAGAUGUUCUCCAAGAAUGGCUACCCCAAAACACCUGGUCGUGCUGUGGCAGAGGCUCUACCAGAUGGGCUCAGUGUUGAGGACAUUUUAAAUCUUUUAGGGAUGGAAAAUGCAGCAAAUCAAAAGCCUCCAUAUUUUCCCAAUCAGUAUAACCGAGAGAAGGUUCUGUCAAGACUCCCCUAUGGUCCUGGAAGGUCUAAAGCAAACCAACUUCCCAAAGCUGUCUGGAUGCCAGAUGUCGAAAACAAACAAAUGGCAUAUGAAAAGCUGAAUGACAAGGAUCAAGAAUUAGGAGAAUACUUGGCCAAGAUGCUAGUUAAAUAUCCUGAGAUCAUGAAUUCAAAUCAAGUGAAGCGAAUUCCUAGUCAAGGCUCAUCUGAAGAUGAUCUACAGGAAGAGAACCAAAUCGAGCAGGCCCUCAAAGAGCGUUUGAAUCAACACAGCUCUCAGGAGACUGACAAACUGGCCUUGGUAAGCAAAAGGCUCCCUGUGGGGUCCCUGAAGAGUGACGAUACCCCCAACAGACAGUACUUGGAUGAAGAUCUGCUAAUGAAAGUGCUGGAAUACCUCAACCAAGAAAAGGCAGAAAAGGGAAGGGAGCAUAUUGCUAAGAGAGCAAUGGAAAAUAUGUAA